AUGCGUACUGUGAGGAAAGGACACGACUCUAUGGUGAGGACUGAUGGACAUACAUUAUCUGAGAAAAGAAACUACCAGGUGACAAACAGCAUGUUUGGUGCUUCAAGAAAGAAGUUUGUAGAGGGGGUCGACAGUGACUACCAUGAUGAAAAUAUGUACUACAGCCAGUCUUCUAUGUUUCCACAUCGGUCAGAAAAAGAUAUGCUGGCAUCACCAUCUACAUCAAGUCAGCUGUCUCAGUUUGGGGCAAGUUUAUACGGGCAACAAAGUGCACUAGGCCUUCCAAUGAGGGGGAUGAGCAACAAUACCCCUCAGUUAAAUCGCAGCUUAUCACAAGGCACUCAGUUACCGAGCCACGUCACGCCAACAACAGGGGUACCAACAAUGUCACUUCACACGCCUCCAUCUCCAAGCAGGGGUAUUUUGCCUAUGAAUCCUAGGAAUAUGAUGAACCACUCCCAGGUUGGUCAGGGCAUUGGAAUUCCUAGCAGGACAAAUAGCAUGAGCAGUUCAGGGUUAGGUAGCCCCAACAGAAGCUCGCCAAGCAUUAUAUGUAUGCCAAAGCAACAGCCUUCUCGACAGCCUUUUACUGUGAACAGUAUGUCUGGAUUUGGAAUGAACAGGAAUCAGGCAUUUGGAAUGAAUAACUCCUUAUCAAGUAACAUUUUUAAUGGAACAGAUGGAAGUGAAAAUGUGACAGGAUUGGACCUUUCAGAUUUUCCAGCAUUAGCAGACCGAAACAGAAGGGAAGGAAGUGGUAACCCAACUCCAUUAAUAAACCCCUUGGCUGGAAGAGCUCCUUAUGUUGGAAUGGUAACAAAACCAGCAAAUGAGCAAUCCCAGGACUUCUCAAUACACAAUGAAGACUUUCCAGCAUUACCUGGUUCCAGCUAUAAAGAUCCAACAUCAAGUAAUGAUGACAGUAAAUCUAAUUUGAAUACAUCUGGCAAGACAACUUCAAGUACAGAUGGACCCAAAUUCCCUGGAGAUAAAAGUUCAACAACACAAAAUAAUAACCAGCAGAAAAAAGGGAUCCAGGUGUUACCUGAUGGUCGGGUUACUAACAUUCCUCAAGGGAUGGUGACGGACCAGUUUGGAAUGAUUGGCCUGUUAACAUUCAUCAGGGCAGCAGAGACAGAUCCGGGAAUGGUACAUCUUGCAUUAGGAAGUGACUUGACAACAUUAGGCCUCAAUCUGAACUCUCCUGAAAAUCUCUACCCCAAAUUUGCGUCACCCUGGGCAUCUUCACCUUGUCGACCUCAAGACAUAGACUUCCAUGUUCCAUCUGAGUACUUAACGAACAUUCACAUUAGGGAUAAGCUGGCCGCAAUAAAACUUGGCCGAUAUGGAGAAGACCUUCUCUUCUAUCUCUAUUACAUGAAUGGAGGAGACGUAUUACAACUUCUAGCUGCAGUAGAGCUUUUUAACCGUGAUUGGAGAUACCACAAAGAAGAACGAGUAUGGAUUACCAGGGCACCAGGCAUGGAGCCAACAAUGAAAACCAAUACAUAUGAGAGGGGAACAUAUUACUUCUUUGACUGUCUUAACUGGAGGAAAGUAGCUAAGGAGUUCCAUUUGGAAUAUGACAAAUUAGAAGAACGGCCUCACCUGCCAUCCACCUUCAACUACAACCCUGCUCAGCAAGCCUUCUAA